GAUUGUCACUUGACUUUUAUUAGUUGCAGUUGGAUUUCGGACAUUGUGUUUAACUUUCAAUUAGAUAUAUUACAUAAGUCUUUUGUAUGAUUCGAAGAAAUUUUAUUUUAAUUGUAGUUUUAAAUGGAUUCUGCAAUGCGAAAUACUGACAGACCUAAGAGUUCAGAAGACUGUAAUGUUUCCCUCAUCAAUCCUGAUUCACAAACAACUCUUUACUUAGAAGAUGACAAUAACUCUUUUGGAGUUGGGGAUUUACCCUUAGAAGACAAUAUUACAUCGCCUAAAGUAGAAAACGAAAGUAAACCAAUUUGGCCUACCGAUCAUUUACGGGACAGUGAUGAAAUUGUUGAUGUCCUCAGACCGGAACAAAUCAGAUGGUUUUAUAAGAACAUAGCGAACAAACAAUGGGUAGAAUUUAAUGGAUAUGAUUCUCUCAGAAUAGAAAAAAGGUACAAGAACUUAAAUGAGAAAGAAUGGAGGGAUUAUAAUGCAACAUAUAGAUCGAAAAAGAACCAAGACAAAUCACCAAACUCAAGUCCAACUUUUGAAUCUUUUAAAACCAAUGGUAAUCAUGCAAAAUCUAGCACAUCAGCAGAAGAAUGUUCCUCUCCAUCCAGUGAAACUGCAGACAGAGUAGUGGUUAGAGGAGGAUUGUAUGAAGUUGUUGUGCCAAAAAGGAACUGCACUUCAAUAUUUUGGCCAGGAGAAGAAACUGUGAUUACUCGAGGAACUUGGUUUUAUGAAAACACGUGGCAGCCUGUCGAGUUGGACAUCAGCGAGGACUUGGAACAAGCUCAUUUGUCUCUUUUUAUCGGCAAAAAAAACUCUGACUACGUGCAUGAUGCAAAAACACCCAAGAAAGUGGUUCACACGAAACAGCUGGCAGAGAAUAACAUUGACUGGUAUGCUCCCCUGGAGGUAUACUUAUACAGUCAGGCCACACCGUCAAAAAUUGUACGCAACCUCACGUCUCGACUCGGCGGUUACUUUCAGAAGAAGUCUGGGUACAGGCUGCUGAGAGGGUACAAGGAUCUGGCUACUGAUAAGGACAAGCAUAAGGACAUCAGUCAUCUGGUGUUUGUUGUACAUGGGAUUGGGCAGAAGAUGGACAUCGGUGGACGCAUUCUGCACAAUACCUCUUUGAUAAGACACAAUGUGACCACACUCCAUGAGAGAUUGUUUCCCAGUUCCAGCGAGAGAGCGGAGUUCUUUCCUGUCGAGUGGAGGACGAAUCUCACCUUAGAUGGAGGACUAGUUGAGGCUAUUACGCCGUUACACCUGACCCAGCUGCGUAACAUCCUCAAUACAUCGGCUAUGGACAUCAUGUAUUACACUAGUCCUAUCUACUGUGCGGAGAUACAGCGCGGACUCAUCACGGAGCUCAACCGUCUCUACGCAAUGUUCGUGGAGCGCAAUCCUUCACAUGAUGUCAAGGUCUCCAUAGUUGGACACUCACUGGGCUGUGUCAUCGUUUACGACAUCAUCACCGGCUGGCUGCCGAUGGGCCCAACCAACCUAUAUGAUCAAGUACCUGAAGAAAUAAUCCCUGGAAAGUCAAGGCUCAAUUUUUAUGUAAGUCUAUUUAAAAUUAACCAUUGAUUUUGUAUUGUUUGGUAUUGCAAUACUUCAAAUUUUUAUAACCAUUCACUUUGUUUUAGUUUGUUAUACUAUUGUUUGCUUCUAUAGUAGUAUUACUGUGAUAUCAAUAAUAUAGUACAGUGACAGCUGAAACC